CGCGGAGCCCGCGGAGCGCGGAGGUCCCGGCGCCAGCAGCCGCGCGGGCGAAUAGCAGCCCUCUGCUUUGCUGACAGCCACAGGACCACCCUCGUCCACCCCAGCAGGGCGUAACAGUCCUUGUGCAGCUCAGUGGUGCAGUGGCAGCAGCAGCAUGAGUAUUCCCCGGCCUGCUCCGCCACAGCCAGGCCCUGCCCAGGGGGCUGGAGGCCCCGAGGGGAAGGCUGUGGCAAGUGCCCAGGAGAAGGGCCCUCGGCUGGGCCAGCGGCUGCCAUCAAUUGUGGUGGAGCCCAGUGAGGUGGACCCUGUGGAGAGCGGGGAGCUGCGCUGGCCCCCGGAGCGUGCCCAGAGGGGCCCCUCUCAGAGCGGGGCUGCUGCUGCCCACUCCCCGAGACCCCUCGGAGAACCAGGGAGACCUGCAGAUGAUGCUGGCAGCAAGUGUGUCUGCUCUGAGGACCAGGCAGCCCCGGCCCGGGGAUAGGACAAGGACGUGGCCAGGGUCUGCUGUCUGACUGCUGAGGGCCUCUGCCACAGGGUGGCUGGGAUGGUGCACAGGAGGGCCGGGCCUGCCCCGACACCCUGCAGGCAGAGCCCAGAGGCUGCUUCCUCUCACAGGGUCCGCCAGGACCGCAGCCCUGCCCUCUUCUGCCUGUGGUCCAGGUCUGGAUCACACCCCGCUUUGUUCCGUGGUUUGACGUAGAAAUAAAGACACUUCCUG